AUGAAAAUAGCAAAAAAGUGGCGGAGGAUAGCUUCCAUAAGAAGGAAAAAUAUUUCAAGUCCUAGUUUUAGAAGCAACAAAAAUUCAGAUUUUUGCAGUACGUCGUCGUCGUCGUCGUCAUCAUCAGAUGGUAAAGGGAAUUUUGUAAUCUACACCAAUGAUCACAAGCGAUUUAUUAUUCCUAUAGAAUAUCUCAACAGUAACAUCAUCAAAGAGCUAUUGAAAAUGUCUGAAGAAGUUUUUGGACUAACAAGUGAAGGUCCUAUCAAAUUGCCAUGUGAUGCCGUUUUUAUGGAAUAUGUGGUUACACUCAUCAGAAGAGGUUUAGCUAAAGACAUUGAGAAAGCUUUGCUUAUGUCCAUGGAAACCAGUAGCUGCUCUCUAUCUGUUGGUUACCAUCAAGAAUAUACAAGUCAACAGUUACUCAUUUGUGGCUAUUAA